CUUCCACUGCUGUCUACCCUCAUGCCACAAAAAUCCAUAACCUUUGCACAUUUAGUUUCAUCACACAUUACAUUUUUAUAUUCUAUGCUACAGCCUGUCUCAAUUUUUGCAUAAACCUUAUAGUACUACUCACCAUAAUCUCAAAACCAUGAUUUUAAUUCAAUAUUCUAUACUCUAUAGUUAGUACUAAACUAGUAUUAUUUAUCAUAAUCAAACAAAGAGUUCAAAUUUUGGUAGCUUUGAUUAGAUAUUAAUUUCACUGCAAGAAUGAUUCAUUAAUAUUUGCACAAAUGAGGACAAGUUUUCUGAAGCAUUUUUGAAUUGUACUUGUGAUAAAAAUAAACAUAGAUUGAAGUUGAACCAAAGAUUCACAAGUGUUUGUUUUUCUCUUUCUUUAAAGCCAAUCAAGUUGAAUCUUUCUGUCUUUAAUAACUCUGAAAAAAAUUUAUGGCUUUUUCUAAGUGCUUUUUUUAGAAGCUAUUUUAUUUUUUUUUUCAAUGGGGAAGAAAGGAAGUGGUAGUUCAUGGUUAACUGCUGUUAAAAGGGCAUUCAGAUCUCCAACUAAAGAUAGUGAGAAGAGAAGUGGUAGAAGAAGAGAAGAUUGUGAUCAAGAAGAAGAUGAAGAAAAGAAGAGAGAAAAAAGAAGAUGGAUUUUUAGAAAACCUGUUGUGAAUCAUGAAACUGUGAACAGUAAUACUCAACAAAGUACACCAACAAAAUUGAAGCAUGAUGUUGUUGUUGCUACUGCUGCUGCUACAAGUGUGGCUUCUUCCAGAGCAGAUCAAGAUGAGAAGCAUGCUCUUGCUGUGGCUAUGGCUACUGCUGAGGCAGCAAGAGCCACUGCUCAAGCUGCUAUGGAAGUUGCAAGGUUGACUAAGCCGGCGAAUUAUGCUAGAGAGCAUUGUGCUGCUGUUGUGAUACAAACUUCUUUCAGAGGAUAUUUGGCGAGAAGAGCGCUUCGAGCACUAAAGGGAUUGGUGAAGUUGCAAGCAUUAGUGAGAGGUCACAAUGUUAGGAAACAAGCAAAAAUGACACUUAGGUGCAUGCAAGCUCUUGUUAGAGUGCAAGCAAGAGUUCUUGACCAAAGGGUAAGGUCUACUUCACAUGAUGGAAGUAGAAAAUCAACUUUUAGUGACACUACUAGUGUUUGGGAUUCGCGGUAUCUUCAAGACAUUUCAGACAGAAAAUCAUUAUCGAGAGAAGGAAGUAGUGUUGCAGAUGAUUGGGAUGAUCGUCCACACACAGUUGAAGAAGUUAAGGCCAUGUUGCAACAGAGGAAGGAACAAGCUAUGAAGAGAGAAAAGUCCUUGUCACAAGCUUUUUCACAACAGAUUUGGAGAAAUGGAAGGACAUCAUCAAUUGGAAAUGAAGAUGAACUUGAAGAGAGACCAAAAUGGUUAGACAGAUGGAUGGCUACAAAACCAUGGGAGAAUAGAGGAAGAGCUUCAACUGAUCAAAGAGAUUCUAUCAAGACAGUAGAAGUUGACACUUCUCAACCUUAUUCAUAUCUAGGAACAAACUACAGAAGAUCACAUCCAAAUUACCAAUACAACCCACACCAUCAACCACAAAGACACUCCAUUGCUUCACCACUCCAUAGAACACACCAAAAUGGCUCCCAUAACCAAUCUGUAACCACUCCGUCUCCGGCAAAGUCAAGACCUAUCCAAGUCCGGUCGUCAAGUCCUCGUUGUGUUAGAGAAGAUAGAAGCUACCACCACACAUCUCAAACACCAAGCUUAAGGUCUAACUACCAUUACAAUGGAAACUUGUACCAAAAUAGUAGUAGGGUUGGAACAAGCAAUGGUGUUUCCAAUGCUACACCUACAUUGCCUAAUUACAUGCAAGCGACCGAGUCUGCAAAGGCUCGAAUUCGCUCGCAAAGUGCGCCGAGGCAAAGGCCAUCGACGCCAGAGCGAGAUAGAUCCGGAUCAGUAAAGAAAAGACUUUCUUUCCCUGCUCCGGAUCCUUACAAUGUAGGAGGAGUUGGUUAUGGAAACUAUGGACAUAGUUUAAGAAGUCCUAGUUUCAAGAGUGUGAAUGUAACAUCACAUUUCGGGUUAGAGCAACAUUCUAACUACUCUUCUUGUUGCACCGAGAGUCUCGGUGGCGAGGUUUCGCCUUCUUCAACCGGUGACCUCAGAAGGUGGUUGAGAUGAGUCGAGAAGAGUCGAGUCAACUAUGACACAUUAGGUUAUUAGUGACCAUUUACUUGUUUUAUUUUAACUAUUGUGUGAUGUUAGUGUUUAUUUUAGUAUUAACCCUUUUGUUUUCACUCCAAAAGAAAGAAAGUUACCUAAGAGUGAAAGCCUAAAAAUCUGAUGUGAUGUUAGGAGCAAGAUGAGAAACAUUGAUGGUGUUUUGGUCUUUAUGAUUUGUUUUCCAUAUUUUUAUUAGGAUGCCAAGAUAAUGUGGUGGCCUACAUCACUUGGGAUGUUGAAACAAUUGCCUACAUUGCUUGAAUGGCCUUAAAUGGACUGUCUUGUCAGUUAUCACAAUAACAUGUGUAAUAUUUUGUAAUUUUAAACUAUGGUAUGGUUGCCUUUAGUUUGUAA